AUGCCACCAACAACAUUGAACAUGGACAUUACAGUCCUUCCUCCAGACGUAUUAUCACUAUAUGAUAAAUCUUUCUAUGAAUUAGUUCGUAAACUGGCUGCUCCCACAGAAGCCGACUUACUUGAACUACAAGGAAUUCGUAGUGCUUAUUCAUUGAUUCAUACUGAGGACAUAUUUAAUAUAUUGAAGUAUGAAUGCAAAGCAUUAGAUCAAAUUUUUAAAAAGGUUUGCCUUCAAUUGGAUGAUAAUCGAUACAUCAUCAAACCUGGCUGUAAAAGUAAUUUACGUUAUUUCACUCAAUUGCUCAAUGUUAAAAAUCAAGAGUACUUGAAAACAAUUGCACUUCGAAUUAAACCAAAACAAACGUCAAACGAUGAUGAUAAUAAUAGUAACAAUAAUACAUUAGCAUCUUAA